AUGGGACCACUUUCCUUCACUGCAGGCAAGAUGCAAACAGCCAAGACAACUGACACAACCACUCAUGCUACAACCACCGGGAAAAUCACCCUUAUGUCCACCAGUGACCUUCCUACAAAGGCUCCCACCACAGGCACCACUGCACCUCCCCCAAUCACAUCAUCCAUCACUCCCAUGAAUGUCACCUCUACUCUGAAAUCCACCACCUUUACCCCAGUGAUCACCAAUAUUGGGACAUCACCCACGAGUGUGCUUCACUCAUCUCCGCCUGCCUCAACCACAGAACCUGCCUCCAGUUUCACCACCAUCACUAUCCCUCCAUCCACCCUGGUUACCACACUGCCUCCAACCCAUGCCAAGUCCACCCUGACAUCUCCCACUACCACUGUCACCCGGGCCACAACUAAAAGCCCCACUCCCACUCCCACUUUGACCCAUGCCAUCUCGAUGACAGUCACUUUCCCCACUCCCUCAGCUCCUGACACGGCCACGACUUCUACCUCAGACAGGGUAACAACACCCACCCUGACAACACUAUACACUAAUUCAGAGAGCACUUCAAACCUCCAAUCCACAGGAAGCACAACCAAGUCAGCCAUAACCCCUUCAUGUCCUACCACCGAUACAAAACAGACAUCCACAGUAUCCAAACCACAACACUGAACAACCAUCACCACCAAGUCUGUGGGCACCACUGGCACCUUGAGCUCCACAACUGACCUCACCUCCACAUUCACUGCCUCCAGCCCAUCGGCAUCACCCACUUCCACUGUCCCUUCAUCCUCCACCUCACACAAUACAGAAACGACCUUCAGUGUCACCACAACCUCUGCCAGGACACCUACCAUGACUCAAACAGGCAAGAUGAUCGAUACAACUGCUCAAGCCACCGCCACCGAGAAAACCACCCUUAUGCCUACCAGUGACCUUCCUACACAGGCUCCCACCAGAGGCACCACUGCACCUCCCCCUAUCACAUCAUCCAUCACACCCACGAAUGUCGUCUCUUCUCCCGCAUCCACCACCUCUACCCCAGUGACCACCAACAUCCUGACAUCACCCACAAGUGUGCUUCACUCAUCUCCGCCUGCCUCAACCACACAACCUGUCUCCACUUUCACCACCAUCACUACCCCUCCACCCACCCUGGUUACCACAUCGCCUCCAACCCAUGCCACAUCCACUCUGAGAUCUCCCAAUACCACUGUCACCCGGGCCACAAGAAUCACAACCACGUCUGCAGUAACACCUUCGCACCCUACCUCUGAUGCCAAACUGACAUCCCCAGUCACCAGCCCAUCUUCUUUUAGUACAGGUAUCCCAACCACAACACUGACAACCAUCAGCUCCAUGUCUGUGGGCACCACUGGAUUCGAACCAGCGAAACACCAGGCCGCCGCAUCGAAGCACGCGAACUUAACCACUCCGCCACAAGGCUGGCUCCCUGGCUUCUUGACCAUUACAACCACAUUCACCUCCACAUUCACAGCCUCCAGCACAUCGUCCAAGGACAAGGCAGACAGAAGGUACCACCUCAUCCGCAAGCAGCACAAUUACACUGCCUAUACCCACAGGAUCCACCCCGGAACCCCCUAUACUAUUUCCACGGCCAGGGUAAUGCCCUCCUCCGCUGCAGCCAUGACUCAAACAGGCAAGAUGACCAAUACAACCGAUCAUGCCACCUCCACCAAGAAAACCACGCUUAUGCCUACCAGUGACCUUCGUACACAAGCUCUCACCAGAGGCACCAACACCUCCCCUGUAACGUCAUCCAUCACUCUCAUGAUUGUCGUCUCUUCCCCAACAUCCACCACCUCUACUCUGGUGACCACCAACAUGUGCACACCACCCACGAGUGCACUUUUGUCAACUCUGCCUGCCCCAACCACAGAACCAGUCUCCACGUUGACCACCAUCACUACCUCUCCAUCCACCCUGGUUACCACACUGCCUCCAUGCCACACCACAUCCACCCUGACAUCUCCCACUACCACUGUCACAUGGAGCACAACUGAAAGCACCACUCCCACUGACACUUCAACCCCUGCCAAAUCAAUCACAGUCACUUCCCCCACUUCCUCAGCUGUGGACACGGCCAUGACUUCUACCUCACACAUUGUAAAAACACUCACCCUGACAACACUACCCACUACCUCAGAGGCCACUUCUUCAAACCUCCCGUCCACAGGAAACACAACCACAUCUGCGGUAACCCCAUCGUGCCCUCUCUCUGAUACCAAACACAGACCCACAAGCACAACCAUAUCUUCUGUUAGCACUGGUAUCCCAACAACAACAUCCACCAUCACCCCCAUGUCUCUGGGCACUACUGGCUCCUGGACCACCGUAAGUGACCUCACCUCUACAUUCACUUUCUCCAAUAUGUUGAUGUCACCCACUUCCACUGUCCAUUCAUCCUCCACCUCACACAGUACAGAAACGACCUUCAGUGUCACCAUCACUUCUGACACAACACCUAGCAUAUCACCUAUGCUCACGAGCACACAUCCCACUCCAUCUCCCUCCCUCUCAAGAAGUGUUCCAGCCAAGAUGACCUACACAACCGCUCAUGCCACAACCACCAGGAAAAUCACCCUUAUGCCCACCAGUGACCUUCUCACACAAGCUCCCAAUACAGGCACCGCUGCUCUUCCCCCGUUUACGUCAUCAGUCACUCCCACGAAUGUCGUCUCUUCACCAACAUCCACCACCUCUACCCCCAUGAUCAUCAACAUCCUGACACCACCCAUGAGUAUCACCAAGUACAGCUUCCACCACUACUCAGAUGACCACAACUUCGAGCACUGCUCAG